AGUUCCAUUUCUCUUACUGAGUGAAGCAAGCACGAACAGCAGCAGCAGCAGCUCGAUCAAUCACCACGAUUUCUUUCCUUUCCCAGGUAAUCAAUCCAUGGAGAAAGAUAAAGAUGCUUUUUACGUUGUGAAGAAGGGGGAUGUUUUAGGUGUUUACACAAGCUUCAAGGAUGUCCAGUCCAUGCUUGGCUCUAAUGAGUAUGAUCCUUCAAUAAGUGUACACAAAGGUAACAACCUGAGUAAGGAAGCUGAAAAGUACCUUGCCUCUCAUGGCCUGAAGAAUGCAACUUAUUCGGUUGGGGUUAAUGAAAUGGAUGACAAGCUUUUUGGCCAACUUGUUUCCUGCCCUUUACAGGAACCAACUUUGUCUAAAGGAAAAGCUGUUGACCAAAUUCGUCUAGUAAAACGAGUGCAAGAGAGUGAGGGAGCAAAUGCAUUUUCACCAAGAAAACAACCCAGGUUGCAGAAUUUAAUGGAACCUUCGGCAGUAUCUUCUUCUGGACCUUAUAUGGGGAAUCUUGGACUAACUGGUGCAGAUUCAUUACUUAGCAAUGGUGAUAAUAUGGAUUCUUGUACACUUGAGUUUGACGGUGCUUCCAAAGGGAAUCCUGGAUUAGCUGGUGCAGGUGCAAUACUGCGUGCAAAUAAUGGUAAUAUGGUGUUUAAAUUACGUGAAGGUGUUGGGAUUGCAACUAAUAAUGUUGCUGAAUAUAGAGCUGUCAUUUUAGGCUUGAAUUAUGCAGUUAAGAGAGGAUGUAAGCAAAUUCGUGUCCUUGGAGACUCGAAACUCGUCGUUAUGCAGGUUCAGGGUUUAUGGAAAACCAAAAACCCAAACAUGGCUAAACUAUGUGAGGUGGCUAAGGAGCUCAAGGAUAAAUUCACAUCGUUUCAUAUUCAACAUAUCGAAAGGGCGCUGAAUUCUGAAGCUGAUGCCCAAGCAAAUCUUGCUGUAAGUCUAAGAGAUGGUGAAGUUCAAGUGGAAUGUGACAAGAAAUAGCUUCCAAUUCAAAUGCUUUCUAAGUAUUUGUAGCAUGAAUAAACCGAUUAUUGUGAAUUUUAUCGCGACAAACUAUCAUCGUACUUUAAUUUCCUACUUAAGAAGCUUAAUCGAGGAUCGGUUUUUUAAUUGAGUUAGUUUUUUUUAAGCAUAUCCUUCCUUGGUUCAAACUUAAAAACUACACGGUAAUUGAGAUUUAUGUGUUGCAAAAAUA